AUGACUCUUCGCGCAACCGAUCCUUUCAAGUGUUUCUGCGGCCGCACUUAUCCGUAUGCGAUUGAUCUAGAAGAACACCGGAGAGCCCGAGGGCAUUUUCCCUCACAUGUUUGCAGAGAUAUUUGCAAACAUCCUUCAGUGGUUCAGUACGACUAUACUAUUCGCAAAUGUAGCUAUUGCAGCAAGCUCUGUGAGCGCCUGGAUAUCCUUGAGGACCACCGCAUUACUACAGGGCACUGUUUCUGUUCAGAAUGCGAACUUCCCUUCGAAAGCCAAAGUGCUUGGGAGAACCACCGCGAGAUAGAGCUCCAUGCUUCCGAGUAUCGGUGUUGUAACUGUAAUAUCUCUUUUAAGGACAUCCACGCUUUAAACGCACAUAUGGCCAGCCGUGCGCAUCGGAAGCCUCUCCAGCAAAAGCCCCACAGCAAUGUGAGAAAGGCGGGAAAAACUACUACGAUAAGUGCAGGUGAUCGGACAUGCAAGAAAUGCCAGCGGACUUUCCUGUCUAUCCAGUCUUUUCAACAACAUUGUGAUUCGAUAAAGCACAAGCCACUUAGCGCUUUAAGUUGUCCUGUAGGAGAGGGAUGCAGAGCGAAGUUUAGUGCGCCGUCAGCUCUACUGCACCAUCUGGAAAGUGGAAAGUGCUGCUCAGGCAUGGACCGUGAUGAUAUCUACGACAUAGUUCAACUAUACGACAAAGAUCAUGCAAUCCACACCCUCCCAACACUCACACCUUCGAGCUCUGCUUACUUGCCGGCACAUGAUUUGUCUCCUUAUUCUGGAACGCCGACCACGUCUCUUGAUAGCUCAGAUGGCUGGCUACUAGUCACUCCCACGCACUCCCAGGGUACCUUUCGUACAAUACAGGCUCUUCAGCAGCAUUUAGUUUCUCCAGCACACUGCGAUAAGGUCUACCACUGCCCACGUAAUCUCAUUCCGAUCAACUCCAACAAGUCUAUAACAAAUCAAGGAAAAGGAAAGCAAUUCGCUACACUUGGUGGAUUGGCCCAGCACUUAGAGAGUGGGGCAUGCAGUGGUGGCAAGCAGACAUUCUUAUAUUGUAUUGAGUUCAUCCAACAACAUUUGGGGCAAUGGGGGCUUAGAGGGAUACGCCUUUUGUUGUCGGACUCCCAAGAUUGA